AUGGUACCAAGUACAGAGAAUGCAGUCAUAAACACCCAUUCAGACUUUUGUAGUCAAUUGUCUGAAGAAGACAAGGCUAUCUAUGCUAGAAACAAUAUUCGCCUAAGACAAUUAGAAGCCGAACUUUUGGAACUGUCAACAUAUGGUGCUGCGUGCGAUGAAUUGAUGGUUUGGUUGAGCGAUAACCGUGCCUAUAAUACCAUGAAUGAAGCUGCCCUUUUAAAUUGUAUCAAAGCUAUCUAUAAGAAAGCUAUGGACUAUGGACGUUGGUCCGGUAUACAGAUAUUGAAAGAAGCCAGUCAUAAAUGCAGUAGUUUGUCAGGACCUACUCAAGCCCAAAUUAAGAAAAUGUAUAUGGACCUCAGUAAAGCAGCACUAGGAAAAAGACCAAGUGAAGAUUCGAUCCAGUCUCGACAUACUUCACCUGCUUCUCCAGCUAGUCAUAAAUCACCUACCACAGCUAAUUUCUCGCCCAACACGAUUCAUUAUUCACCUACUGCGGCUAAUUUUACACCUACGGUGGAUGUGAAUGCUAUUAUGCGGUCACUGAUAGAUACAGGCGUAUUACCUCAAUCUCCUACUUCUAUUGCUUCACCUGCAGUAUCACCUCGGUUUGGUCAACAACAGACUGCUGCUGCUCCCAAUCAUAUUCUGAAUGUAAACAACAACACUUUGUAUAAUAACCGACAACCGUUAGCACUUCAACGACAACAACAACAACAACAACAACAACAACAACAACAACAACAACAACAACAACAACAACAACAACAACAACAACAACAACAACAACAGCAACAGCAACAGCAGCAACAACAGCAACAACAGCAACAGCAACAGCAACAGCAGCAACAACAACAACAACAACAAUUAGCGAUGCAACAAGCUCAACAAAGAUAUUAUAUGCAUCAGCAGCAACUAAAGCAACAGCAACAGUUAAAGCAACAGCAGCAGCAGCAACAACAACAACAACAACAACAACAACAACAACAACAACAACAACAACAACAACAACAACAACAACAACAACAACAACAACAACAACAACAAUUAAGACAACACUUGAUACAGCGUCAACAACAGCAAAUGAUACAAGCUAGAGCUGCGUAUACUCCACCACAGUCUAGUUUUGCUAAUUCAUCUAGUCACAAUACGAACUCAACUACUGCUUCUGCUAAUACCAAUACCAAUACGGCGAAUACGAAUUCAUAUACACAUCAAGAUCCUCGGUUGAAUGCAUAUACUAUGCAAGCGAAUUCAAUGGAUUCAAAUACAAUCCUUCGCUUACAAGAACAUGUCUAUCAACUAUUGAAUUCGUCUAGCGUGUCAUCGACAACAAGUCAUCAUCACUCUUCUUCUUCUACUUCAUUACCGUUAAACCAAUUCCAAUCUCCUGCUAUGUCCACCAACACAGCUCAUAUAACGAUACCUGCUACACCUGUCAUUCCUUCAGAACAAAAACCCGCUGCACCAGCUACUCUUUCAAAAAAUGUACAGCAAACUAUGUCAUCCGUGGCUCUUCCAAAAAAUAAUCAAAUACAACUUAACGCAAGUACACCACCUACACCUACUGCACAAAUGCCUUCUACUCCACCUGUGAGCGUCUCAAAGGCUGUAUCACAAAACACAGGCACACCACCUACUCCUUCUGUGGACCAUACCGCACUUUAUUUACCAGGUGGAGGUGUCGUUAUUAAAGCGUACGACAAAGAUGAUGCAGCCGAUCAAUUCAACUUUCGCUUCAAGACAGGCUAUGCUGUGAAACCUUUUAGACUUGUCCAUGAUGUAGUGUUGACGAAUAAUAACUUUCAUAUUGAACCAAAAGACUUUAAACGCCUGUUUGUUCGAUCUGAUAUCACCUUGGGAGACACAAGGGGUAUAUUGCCUUUGAGUUUUAUGUUUACAGCAUGGUACAAUAAUACAUCAGAACGUAAAUGUGAUUGGCCAACAACAUUACGUGUAGAAUUCAAUGGAAAAGAACUCAAACUACAAAAGAAACAAAAAUUACAUACAGCUACUGGCAGUAAUUGGGUAGGAAAAGAUCUACCAUUUGAUUUGACAAGCAGAAUUGUGGAAGGAAGAAAUACACUUAAAUUGAUUCAAAACGGAUGUGCCUGUUCCUAUUAUUUUAGCAUUCAGAUCCAUACAAGAUAUACAGAGAAUCACAUAUUGACUCUAGUCAAGAACAACACAUUGAGUAUAGCAGAAGGACAUCGCUUGAUUGAUAAUUUACUGGGUAAAAACAAGCAAAAUGCAGAGGACGAUGAUCUUGUCAUUCUACAAGAAUCUGUCAAACUCAACCUCAAGUGUCCUAUUACCAUGAAACGUAUGAAGCAACCUACAAGAGGUAAAAAGUGUCGACAUCUUGAUUGCUUUGAUUUAUCUGCUUAUUUACUGGUAAAUAAGAAUGGAACUCCUGCAUGGCGUUGUCCUCACUGCAAUCAUACGGUGGGUCCUGAAGAUUUGGCACGUGACUUAUUGAUGGAGAAUUUGCUGCAAGAACUAAGUAAGAAUGUUGUCGAGAUUGAGUACAAACAAGACCACAGUCAAUACAAGAUAAACAAACUGGAUGAUCCUGAUUCAGAUCAAGACGAUGAUGAUCAUCAUGAAGAAGACAAUGCUCAUAAAAAGAUCAAAUUGGACAGUGCAUUGGAUGAAUCGAGAGAAGUGAUUGAUUUGAUAAGUGAUGAUGAAUAA